GGGAUGCAGUGUAACCAAGAAGCCCGUCGUGAGGGAUGUGCAAUUGCCUUCCUAAGCCAAGACAGAUAUUUUUACCUUUUCCCUGCUCAUCCCUGGGUGCAGCAGAAUUCACAUUGAGAAGAUACGUGCAAGGAGAAACCACAUCCUGAAGGGUGUGUGAAGGGAGAAAGACGCAUCCCCAAACAGUUUAUUUUGGCUGCUGCUUUUUGUUGUCGGGUUUUUGGGGAUUUGGGGUUUUUUUCCCUUUCUCCUGCUUUGAUGGAAACUUCGGUGGUUUUUUAACCUUGCAGUUCAUUAGGUGCCUGGGGAUUAGCAGAUCGCUUCUGAGCAGGGAGUCCGAGUGUUUCACACAGGCAGCUGGCAUGGCCGCGGUGCUCUUUGGCUUUGAGGAUCUGCUCUACAGCUGGGACAGCCUGGUGUGGAAUCUGACUUCGCGGGCCCUGAGGACCUGCCGCUUUGGAAAUCUGAGGGUCCUGCAGCUCAUGCUGAAGCCAUGGUGCAUUUCCAGAGCCGUUUACCAGAUGACGGAGGGCCGCAGAUGCCAAGUGCACCUCCUGGAUGACAGGAAGCUGGAACUUCUCGUUCAGCCGAAGCUUUUGGCGAAGGAGUUGCUUGACCUGGUGGCAUCUCAUUUCAACCUGAAGGAAAAAGAGUACUUUGGAAUUGCAUUCACAGAUGAAACGGGACACUUGAACUGGCUUCAGCUGGACCGCAGAGUGCUGGAACAUGACUUCCCCAAAAAGUCAGGACCGGUUGUUUUGUACUUUUGUGUCAGGUUCUACAUUGAAAGCAUCUCCUAUCUCAAGGACAAUGCCACCAUUGAGUUGUUCUUCUUGAAUGCCAAGUCCUGCAUCUAUAAGGAACUCAUUGAGGUUGAUAGUGAAGUGGUGUUUGAACUGGCUGCCUACAUCUUGCAGGAGGCAAAAGGAGAUUUUUCAAGCAAUGAAGUUGUAAGGAAUGAAUUAAAGAAGCUGCCAGCCCUUCCAACACCAGCGCUGAAGGAGCACCCUUCACUUGCUUACUGUGAGGACCGAGUCAUUGAACAUUACAAGAAACUAAAUGGUCAGACAAGAGGUCAAGCAAUUGUGAAUUAUAUGAGCAUUGUAGAAUCCCUCCCAACGUAUGGAGUGCAUUAUUACGCGGUAAAGGACAAGCAGGGAAUUCCUUGGUGGUUAGGACUUAGCUACAAGGGGAUUUUUCAAUACGACUACCACGAUAAAGUGAAACCAAGAAAGGAGUUCAGUUCAGACUGGACAAACUGGGCUAGUCCAGUAAGUAAAGGCUCUCUUGGCUUGAAUGGCUAUUCAUUGCUGUUCUCCAAGCUUUUUUACCACUGGCGCAAGGGUGUGCUCAGUAAGGAGAGUAGCUUUUACUGUGACGUCUGUGGUUAUUUUCUGCAGCAGAACCCUUCUGAGGAAACCUUGUGUAACCCAGUUCGUUUUUCCCUCCUCUCCAGGGCAUCUGUGACCAGGAGGACUUUUGGGCAUAGUGGCAUUGCUGUGCAUACGUGGUACGCCUGUCCAGCACUGAUAAAGUCUAUCUGGGCUAUGGCCAUUAGUCAACAUCAGUUCUAUCUGGACAGAAAGCAAAGCAAGUCCAAGAUUCAUGCUGCAAGAAGCCUGAGUGAGAUUGCUAUUGACCUGACUGAAACUGGAACGCUCAAGACUUCAAAGCUGGCCAACAUGGGGAGUAAAGGCAAAAUUAUUAGUGGCAGCAGCGGGAGUCUCCUGUCAUCAGGUUCCCAGGAGUCAGAUAGUUCUCAGUCUGCCAAGAAAGACAUGCUGGCUGCAUUGAAAUCCAGGCAAGAAGCUUUGGAAGAGACACUGCGCCAGCGCUUGGAAGAGCUGAAGAAACUGUGUCUGCGAGAAGCGGAGCUCACAGGAAAGUUGCCACGCGAAUACCCUCUAGAUCCUGGGGAGGAGCCACCUAUUGUAAGGAGAAGAAUAGGAACUGCCUUUAAACUGGAUGAGCAGAAAAUCCUGCCUAAGGGAGAGGAGGCAGAGCUGGAGCGCCUGGAGAGGGAGUUUGCCAUUCAGUCCCAGAUCACAGAGGCUGCCCGACGCCUGGCGAGCGACCCCAAUGUCAGCAAAAAGCUGAAGAAACAGAGGAAGACGUCCUACUUGAAUGCCCUGAAGAAACUGCAGGAGAUCGAAAAUGCCAUCAAUGAGUAUCGCAUCAAAUCUGGAAAGAAGCCCACCCAGAGAGCCUCCCUGAUCAUAGAUGAAGGAAACAUUGCCAGUGAAGACAGCUCCCUCUCGGAUGCCCUUGUUCUCGAGGAUGACGAUUCUCAGGUCACCAGCACAAUAUCCCCUCUCCAGUCCCCACACAAAGGACUCCCUCCCCGGCCACCGUUGCACAACAGGCCUCCUCCUCCACAGUCACUAGAAGGCCUCCGACAAAUGCAUUACCACCGCAACGACUAUGACAAGUCGCCCAUCAAACCCAAGAUGUGGAGCGAGUCAUCCCUGGAUGAACCCUACGAGAAGGUCAAGAAACGCUCCUCACACAGUCAUUCCAGCAGUCACAAGCGGUUCCCCAGCACUGGGAGCUGUGCCGAGGCGGGAGGGAGCAGCUCCCUGCAGAACAGCCCCAUCCGGAGCCUUCCCCACUGGAACUCCCAGUCCAGCAUGCCGUCAACGCCAGAUCUACGGGUACGCAGUCCGCACUACGUCCACUCCACACGGUCAGUAGACAUCAGCCCGACCAGACUGCACAGCUUAGCUCAGCACUUUAGACACCGGAGCUCCAGUUUGGAGUCUCAAGGCAAGCUCCUCGGGUCAGAAAAUGAGACAGGGAGCCCCGAUUUCUACACCCCAAGGACUCGUAGCAGUAACGGCUCUGACCCCAUGGAUGACUGCUCUUCCUGCACCAGCCAUUCCAGCUCUGAACACUACUACCCCGCUCAGAUGAACCCCAACUACUCCACCCUGGCCGAGGACUCCCCCUCAAAAGCCAGAGAGCGGCAGAGGCAAAGGCACAAAUCAGCAGGCAACCUGGUCUCUUCCAAUUCAGGGAGCAUGCCCAACCUGGCUGCAAGGAACGGGACGGGGCACCACCGAGUCUAUCUGCACAGUCAGAGCCAGCCUUCCUCCCAGUACAGGAUCAAAGAGUAUCCCCUGUACAUCGAGGGCAGCUCCACACCCGUGGUGGUGCGGAGCCUGGAGAACGACCAGGAGGGACACUACAGCGUGAAAGCACAAUUUAAAACCUCCAACUCCUACACAGCGGGGGGGAUGUUUAAGGAGAAUUGGCACGGGGAUGAAGUGGACUCCGUCAGGCUGACCCCCUCCCGCUCCCAAAUCAUAAGGACUCCAUCUCUGGGCAGGGAGGGCCACGAGAAAGGUUCGGGUAGGACUGCCGUGUCGGACGAGCUCCGGCUGUGGUACCAGCGGUCCACGGCCUCCCACAAAGAACACAGCCGCCUCUCGCACACAAGCUCCACUUCCUCGGACAGCAGCUCCCAGUACAGCACAUCUUCGCAAAGCACCUUUGUGGCGCACAGCAGGGUCACGAGAAUGCCUCAGAUGUGUAAAGCAACAUCAGCUGCCUUACCUCACAGCCAGAGGAGUUCAACACCAUCGAGUGAACUAGCAGCCACGCCGCCAGGCAGCCCCCACCACCUUCUUGCUUGGCAGACUGGAGAAGCAACAGACAACUCACCCACUAUGGAUGAGUCUCAGUCUCCAACCCACCAAAGUACUGAUGAAUAGAGGAGCUACAAUGAUAGCUGUUUCUUGGAUUCUCCCCUCUAUCCAGAAUUAGCAGAUGUCCAGUGGUAUGGACAGGAAAAAGCCAAGCC